AUGAAGAGAUCUAACGUCGGCGCAGCAGCUACCUCGAAAAAACCGUCUAUUACCGACAGGAAGUUGUUCAAUGACAAAGUCUGGGACACACAGUUCACGAAGGAUCUGCAAAAUACCAUUGCGGACUCGAAACCUUUCCAAUGGGGGUGCGUCCAGGAUCUGUUGGAACCGACUUUCCUUGCUAAAGUGAAAACGGAGAUUCUACAGAACAUCCAUUUCACAUUGAAGGAAACGGAUAUCUACAAGUUGAACCAGACAGGUGACUUGGCGAACUUGUCGAAACUUGGGUCCGACGAGUUGCAAUCCAAGUUGCCCCACGUGUGGCAAUUGCGCCAACUGAUUUACUCGGACGAGUUUAGAAACUUCAUCUCAACAGUCACCCAGUGUGGCCCACUCUCUGGGGUCAAGACUGACCUGUCAUGCCACAUCUACGACAAACACUGCCACUUGCUGAACCACGACGACGUCGUCGGGUCCCGCCGCGUCUCCUUCAUUUUGUACUUGAACGACCCGCACCACCAAUGGAAGGAUCACUACGGUGGGAACCUGCGCUUGUUCGACACAGUCACAAAGGAUAUCCCACUGUCGGACCCUGUCGCCAAAUUGCUCCCCAAAUUCAACCAGUACGCAUUCUUUAAAGUUCAACCUGGGUACUCCUUCCACGACGUCGAGGAGGUCCGCAUCAACAAGAAGCGACUGUCCAUCCAGGGAUGGUUCCAUAUCCCACAGAACGGGGAAGUAGGGUACAACAAGGGCGAGGAGGAGAAAUGGUGUAAGAGCAUCUGUCAGAUCGAUGAGAAGAAACUCAAGGACUACACUUUCCCCAAACGUGCCCCAGCAACAGUACAACCUCUGAGUGAUUCGCUCGAUUUGACGGAGGAGGAUAUUAGGAUUCUAGGCGAGUUCAUCGCGCCACAUUUCUUGAACAAGGAUAAAUUGGAAUCCCUGAGGGACCAGUUCUUGAACAACUCAUACAUCUCAGUGGUGGAUUUCUUGAACGAUGCCAAGGCCGGAGUGUUGUCCAAACUGAUCAAGGAUAACGAACUCAACGUCCAGAUGCCCACGAAACAGACAGAGAUCGCUCAACCGUGGGAUCUGGCAAGACCACCACAUCAAUGGCAAUUCCUGUACUUAGAGGAGAAGAACAACACGAACGCAUCAAAAUUCACCCAUUUGGACAAAGAAUUGGCUGGGUUGUCCAGUUUCUUCAAGAGUCUGCCCUUCCAGAAAUUCGUCAUCAAAGUAACAGGGCUGACCCCAUUGACGGUGUCGUCCCUGGUGAGAAGGUUUAGACCUGGGUUCGACUACAUGCUGGCGGACAAGACCGAGCUGAACAAAGCGCUUGAAAACGUCAUGGAUUGCGUCCUGGAGGGUACACUGUGCUUGACACCUAUGGAUGGGUGGGACACGAACUCCGUUGGCGGCUACGAGCUGUACAUGACCGCGGAAAAUGAGGAGAAGAACGAAUGGAACGACGAGGACCCAACCGUCGUCGGCAGAGACGGCGACUCAACUUUGAUCAACAAGCCAGCGUCAUGGAACUCGUUCAACUUGGUCCUGAGAGACCAGGACGUCUUAGAGUUCGUGAAGUACGUGUCUUGGGAUGCUAAGUGCAGCAGAUGGGACUUGAAACUGAAAUGGGAUCUUCUAGACGACGACGACGACGAUGAAGAGUGA